AUGUCGAGACACAUCUCUUCUACUUCUUCAUUUGAGUCGCCUUAUGUAUCACUUGAUCUUCUUGCAUACUUAAACUCUGGUAAAAAGACACCCUUCCAUGUAUUCAACGAUGUGGUCAUGCCGGAAUUUCAAUGCCAUUUAUUGAAGUUGAAGCAACUCCUUCCUCCAAAAGAUAUGAAUGGAACCGAAGACAACACCAGCAGGACCGUAAGAGAUGAGGAGGAGGACGACUCCAAUUGCAAUGGUUCGCAUGCAAUAGUUGAGGAGAUCCAGAAGGACCUCGACUACAUCAACAAAGCCUGUCAUAAACUAAAGGAUUCAGCAGACCGCGUUGAUGAAGAAAUUCAAAGAUUGAUUCUCCAACGCCUGGACGAUGCCUUCAGAGAAAGAACAGAAGAAGCACUAGCAAAUUCCCCCAGAAUCAACAAGCUUAAGAGAACCAAGGAUGUUGUUUCAAUGUUAAAGAACCAAAUUUCUUCAUCCCCACAACUCUCUUCAGAUAGUUUACUAGACAAGCAGCCAGAGGUAAACAUCAAUGAUCAGAAGAUCACCAAGAGCUUAACUUUGAAAAGAAUUAAGGAGGUGUACAAUGGUCUAAAUGAAAUACAAAAGAAGUGUUUGCUAUGUUUCUCUGUGUUCCCUGAAAAUGAAACCAUAAAGAAGAAAGUUUUGAUCCAUUGGUGGGUCGGUGAGGAAUUUAUAGGCUCACUUAAUGGUGAUGGUAAGACUGCAGAGGAGACUGGCAAUGAUUACUUCAAAGAGUUUAUCAGUAAAGGCAUCAUUGAGCCUGUUAAAAAAAAGGGUAGACAAAGCUCAGAAAAUUGCAAGAUGCAAUCUUCAGUUCGUGAUGCCAUAAUUAAGCUUGCGGAGAAAGAUGAGUUUGUCAGUUUUGAUUCAAAGGGAAAUCCCAAUGCUGAUUUCUCUUCCUGUUCGAGGGUGUGCCUAGUGAAAACUGAAGAAGGGUCUUCGCUUCGCGAUUUUACUUAUAUUUAUCAUCAUUUGAAGCAUGAAAAUAUUCAAACUUUGUUUAAUGUAAAUGAGCCUGAGCUUAAUUUCAGGGUGGACAGGUUUUCAAAGAUGAAGAACUUAAAAGUUCUACAGCUGGGAAGGUGGAAGGCCUCUGCAAGGCAACUUGUUGAAGUAGAGGACACCGAGUUCUUAAAAGGUUUGAAGAAAAUGAAACAGCUUAGGUACUUUAGCCUUAGGGGAAUCUCUAGAAUUACUGAGCUUCCAAAUUCAAUUUGCGAACUCAGUAAUCUAAGGAUACUGAAUCUUAAUGGCUGUGAUAAUUUAGAGAAACUUCCUGAUGGGAUAGGCUCACUUAAACAACUUACACACUUAGACAUGUCUGAGUGUUUCUUGAUUAGUCACAUGCCCAAGGGACUUGCUUCUCUUUUAGAACUUCAAGUCCUAAAAGGGUUUGUGAUUGGUAAACAGAGUCCCGGUGGCCUCUACUGUAAGCUAGCCGAUUUGGCAAGAUUGAAACAUUUGAGGAAGUUGAGCAUUCAUGUAGACAGAACAAGUCUUGAAGCUGAGAAAGAGCUGAAUUCAUUUCCACAAUUUAGGAAGCUCCAGUCUUUAUCAGUUGCCUGGUGGUCAUCUGUCUACAAUGCAUCCACUUCCACAACUACAAAUGUGGCAUUUGCAAGAUUCCAGAGAAUGUUGAGCAGGGAAAACUCUAUGAAAGCAUUGGCAAAAAUCCCGAGAAUUUUGAGCCGGGAAAAAUCAAUGCCCACUACUCCAGGGCCUACAUCACUACCUGUUGAUUUACACAAACUAGGCCUCCAGUAUUUCCUUGGUUCGAAGAUGCCUGACUGGCUUAAGCUCUUAAACCUGGAGAAUCUAAAGAAGCUCUACAUAAGAGGAGGAGAACUAUCUGACCUGCGGCUUCCGGAGGAUCACUCAUGGGCCGUGGAAUGUCUACGCUUGAAGUCCUUGAGUAAAUUGAAGAUGGAUUGGCCAGAACUGCAGCAACAAUUGUUUCCAAAAUUGAAAUAUGCGGAGAAAGAAUACUGCCCUCAAUUGAGUUCCUUCCCAAGUGAUGACAAUGGAGAGUGGAUAUGGAAUGCAGCAGAUACAAAGCAAGCCUGA